AUGGAGUCGCGAAUUGAAGGCGAUGCCCUUAUCGCGUCUAUCAAACCGGAGUUGUUGGAAAGAAUGCUUCAGCUCGAUGGUUUUAGCUUCGCAGGCGCGCCGCUCACGAUCGAGAAGCGCGACGAAAACGGGAUGACGGACCAGCCCGUGCUAUCUGAGAUAUCACGAAACGCUGGGAACCCUUCCACUGCCGACACCAAAUCCAAAAUGACCGCUAUCCUGGGCAAACGCUACUAUCAGCAAUCGAAACUACUCGACCUCUCGAAAUUGGGUAGCGAUCCGGAUCUCUUGGCCAUGGGAAUUUUCAACAGCACUUCCACCGAAUCCAAAUUCUUCCCGGCUUUAAUGAAAGUGUGGGAGCUGAAUUUCGACAACUCGACGGCGCGGCGAGAGGCUGUCGAAAGUGUCAGUCUCGCCGACAACCAGCUUGCCAACAUCACCGUCGUCACCACUUUGGCUCAGUCCAUCCCGGACUUGAAGAACCUUGAUCUUUCGAACAACAAUUUCAAGGACGCUACGGCUUUGAUCGGGUGGCGGUGGAAGUUUCGCAAUUUAGAAUUCCUCGAUCUCACUGGAAAUCCUUUCAGCGCAGACCCGUCUUUCAAGGACACCAUGCUGAAAUGGUAUCCAAAACUGCGCGUGCUCAACAAUCUGGAGGUGCGAACGGCGGAGGAAGUGGCUGCGCAAAAGAAGACGCCGAUCCCCGUUCAACCGCCUCAUUUCGUGGACGAGUCCCAAAUUGCAGAGAACUUCGUCAAAGCUUUCUUUGCGGGAUAUGACAACAACCGCAGUGAGAUAAUCAACAGCGUCUACGACAACCGAUCUACUUUUACGCUCAACGUCAACACAUCCGCCCCGCGGGCCCAGCAAACCGAAACCGCAGGCUGGGAUGCCUACAUCAAGAAGAGCAGAAAUCUUCUCAAAAUCAGCCAUCUGCCUGCUCGUAUGUCGCGUUCCUUUAUGGGGCCUGACAAGAUACGCGAGUUAUGGGACAGUCUUCCCCAAACCCGACACCCCGACAUUGCUGCACACCCGGAACAAUGGCUUAUCGAGUGCACGCCGAUCCCCGGUCUUCCGGAUUCAACUGGACAGAGUCCGUUCGGCGUGGGAGGUUUCUUGAUCAUGGUCCACGGCAAAUUCGAUGAAAUGAACACAGGCAAGGUGGAGACACGGAGUUUCGACAGGACUUUUAUUCUUGGACCCGGCGGAGGAAUGGGAGGAAUCAGGGUCAUCAGUGACGUUCUUUGUCUGCGAGCAUACGGUGGACACGAGGCAUGGGUGCCGGAAGGUCAACCCGCGCCCCCGGCAGCUCCGCCAGUCCAGCCAGUCCAACCAAUUCAGCCCGUUCAGCCCGUUCAGCCCGUUCAGCCCGUUCAGCCCGUUCAGCCCGUUCAGCCCGCGGCUCCCCCGGUUGCACCAGUUGCACCAGAGGGUUAUGGGAUGCCCGCACCCACCAAGACGGAGGCUCAAGUGCAACAGGAACAGUUAGUCAUGGAGAUGAGUGUUAAGACAAGAAUGACUCUACAGUACUCGGAGAUGGCGCUAUCGGGAAAUGGUUGGAACAUGGAGGCUGCUUUGAAGAAUUUCGAGGAUCUUAAGACCCAAGGACAGUUGCCCCCUGAGGCGUUUCUUCCGGGAACCAUUUAG